GUCUCUUUCUGCGGUUGCUUUCCUUCCCCGCCUGUGGGUUAUUUGCCGGCUUCAGCUUCGCUCCGUCAGCCUGUUUUGCGGGAAGGCCGGGGCCGUGUUCCCGCACUGGACCGCGCGUGGAUCGGAGCCCGCCCUCGCCAUGACGCUGGAGGAGCUGCUGCCUGCUGACAACGCGGCCGAAAGGAUGAGGUCAGUCGGCGAGGCGCUGGAGCGGCUCUUGGUGGCGGCGCAGCGGCAGGGCUGCCUGACGGUGGGCGUCUACGAGGCCGCCAAGCUCAUGAACGCCGACCCGGACAGCGUGGUGCUUUGCCUGCUGGCGGCGGACGAGGCGGAUAUCGCGCUGCAGAUCCACUUCACGCUCAUCCAGGCCUUUUGCUGCGCCAACGACAUCCACAUCCUGCGCGCCUCCGGCCUGGAGCGCCUGGCGGCCGUGCUGGGCGAGAGCCCCCCCGACGGCGGCGGCGCGGAGCCGCGGGACCUGCACUGCCUGCUGGUGACGACCCCGCACACGGACUCGUGGGGCAGCCAGGGCUUGGCGGAGGUAGCCACGUUCUGCCAGGAGAGCCGCGGCAACGACCAGUGGGUGCCGAACGUGGCUCUGCAGGCGCGCUGAGGCCCCGGCCCGUGUCUGGUGUGGAGCGUCGUGUGGGGAACGGGUGUGGACGAAGGAGAGAGUGGUGUCUGUGAGACAAUUGCUACCCCAGCGCCUGACCGUCGGCAGGCGAGCGGUGGGUGAGUCACGCGAGAGAGAGAGAGAGCGAGCGAGCGAGCGCGGAGUGGAACCAGCAGAAGGUCUGACUUGGUCCGGAGGAGGAGGAGGGCUGCGCGGCUGCUGCUCCAUCAGCUGACUUGCUCUGGCGGAGGCGGCGGGAUGGCGGCUGUGGGGCCGUGUGGGCGCCAGGCUCCCCGUGGGCGGAGGCGCUGUUCGUGACUGCCGCGCCACGAGUGCCAAGGGGGCUGCCUGCCCAGGAGAGACGCCCGGAAGGAGGUUCGGCUUGGGGGAGGGAAGGGGGCCUGCGCGCUCCUCUCCCAGGACUCUCCCCGAGUUCCAAACCCUCCCACUUGCAAGCUCUGGCGAAGAGGAGGGCCGUCAGCUGCAAAGGAUUUUUCUACCUAAAUAAAAAACCUCCUUAUGAGGAAGUUUUUUUAUCUUGGAAGAUUUGCACGUUUGUUUUCGACUUUUCUCCGAAGAUAAAAGGAGAUGCAGGAGUCAAAUGCAAACUUAUUCUCGGAUUCAAAGGAUAAUAAACAGGUGUUAACAGUUAUGUUCUGAAAGU